AUGACUUCCAAGAUUGCCGUCAUUAGUGGUGGCACCGCAACCAAUGAGUUGGUAUCGUUAUUUCUGUCGCUUGGCGGCCGUGUGGCCUACAUUCUUCCCAUCUCCGACAAUGGAGGCUCGACGUCGGAAUUGAUCAGAGUGAUAGGAGGGCCCGCCAUUGGAGAUAUAAGAUCCAGGUUGACUCGCUUGAUUCCCGAAGACCAGCAAAACUUACAGAAAUUACUCAGCUUCAGAUUAUCUUCGGACCCCAAGGUUGCCAGGGCCCAAUGGAAUGAAUUUGUCGAUGGCCAACAUGAGUUGUGGGCACCCAUCUCAGGAUCCACCAAAGAGAUCAUAAGGGCAUUCUUCAUCCACGUCAAUGUGGAGCUCUUGAAGAGGUCUCGGCUUCAGGCAACCAACUCCAAGAAGCAAUUCCGUUACGAAUUGGCCAAUGUGGGUAAUCUCUUCUUGACAGGUGUCCGACUUUUCAUUGGGUCUUUGGACUCUGCAGUCGAGCUUUUCUCAAAGAUCACCGGAAUCGACCCCGAAAUAGAGGUUUUGCCAUGUAUCAAUACCAAUUUCACCUACCAUAUAAGUGCAUUGUUACAGAAUGGGUUGAUUAUUACUGGACAAUCGCAGAUUUCCCAUCCCUCGGAAUCCAACCCCAGAGUCGAUAACUACCCUCCUCCCAUAAGCAAGACAAGACCUUCGACCCCAGAAAAUGUCCACUUGACUCAUUAUUUUGGCACUCCUUCCAUAGAUGGUCUCACAAUAGAUACACCAUACAACCAAGUGGCCAUAGCCAAUUCCCGCCGUGACAGCGUGGGCAGCAUUGCCUCAGAUUCCGAAGAAGAAGAAUCAGGAAACAUUCCUCAGUACACUCAUCCAGAACUCAAAAAAUCCCAGCUCCAUUUCAAUAAGACAGAAAAGGUGCAACCACUCCUUUCUCCAAUUAAGAGAAUCUUCUACGUUUCCCCCUACGGCCAGGAGAUAUGUCCAACAGCCCACAGCAAAGUUGUUUCUACAGUCAGCAGUGCAGAUGUUAUUGUAUAUUCUAUCGGGUCAUUAAUGACAAGUAUUGUCCCCAUCGUGAUCUUGAAGGGGAUAGGCAAGGCUAUCGCCAACGACAUCAACAAAGGGGUCCCCAAGAAAAAGAUCCUCCUUCUCAAUGGGUGCCAGGAUCGUGAGACCUUUGGCAUGUCAGCCGUGGACUUCGUGAGGGUGAUUGUUGAGCUGGCAGUAUAUUCCAUUGAUAGGACCAAGGUCAUGCCGGACGUGAAUAUUACUAUCGAUGUGAAUGACGUGGAUUGGAGUAAAUACAUUAGUCACUUGAUAUUCAUGGAAAAUCCGCAGAUUCAAGUUGAUGAGAAGUACUUACACUCCAGGGGAAUUAAGCCUGUCAUGGUAAAAAAGGUAUCUGAUGCUGAAUAUUAUGACUUGGAUGAUCUCAAGGUUCAGCUUAAUGAAAUAGUAAACCAACAUUAA